UGCGCUCGGUGGCCCGACCCGGCUGUCGCGCGGGCGGAGCCGGGGCGGCGGGGCUGCUGCUGGCUGAUUGCGCCGGACUGCGGGCCGCGACAUGGACUGUUCUGUGCAGCCCGAAUCCCAGCCUCGUUGAGCCAGCCACACCAAGAGCUUUCCACCAAAGAAGCCCCUCCAAGCACUGACCAUGUCUAUUAUGGACCACAGCCCCACUACGGGGGUGGUCACGGUCAUUGUCAUCCUCAUCGCCAUUGCUGCCCUGGGGGCCUUGAUCCUGGGCUGCUGGUGCUACCUGCGGCUGCAGCGCAUCAGCCAGUCAGAGGAUGAGGAGAGCAUCGUGGGUGAUGGCGAGACAAAGGAGCCCUUUCUACUGGUGCAGUACUCUGCCAAGGGGCCGUGCGUGGAAAGAAAGGCCAAGUUGAUGACCGCCAACGGCCCAGAAGUGCAUGGCUGAGCUGAGCUGCGAAGGCCAUGGUUCUGUUUGCAGCCAGCCCAGAAGCACUGAGAGGGCAGAAGCAGACAUGUUGCUAUGUGAGAGGGAUUGACACUUGCUGGCAUGGUCUCCUCGGGCUUCGUCAUUGCAUGCACUGACGCCGGGUCCUGGCUGUACUGGCCUUCCCGCUCAGCCAUCCAGUGGGCCUGCCCAUUGCAGGCGGUGGGCAGGCCUGACCUUGCUCGGGCUCAUGACCCCUUAGUGCUUUUGUUACUUGAAUGUUUUAGCUGAGCCUGUUUUUGAUGGAGCUACUACUGUAAUGCGUGAACUAACCAACCUGUGAACUGUAAAUAGGCCCAGAAGCACGUGCUUAAGCCUUUUUGCUGAUUUUUAAAAAUACCACAUAGAUCCCACAGGACUGGCUUGAUGGUGACUGUACUCAUGAUGAGCUGAGGUAUGACCAUGGAAGGUCUCUGACUGGUCAGGCCCCAGUUGCCCUUGGCAGGGUACACUGAGGUUUUAUCUGUGUAUGGAGGGGAAGUGAGAGGCUCAGCAGCUGGAGUGCUUGGGUGAUUUCUCCUUGGUUAGUAAUGGGUGGAAGAAAAAACACACUCCUCCCUUUCUCUAGCUUCAGCUUUGUCAAAUAGCAGUAUGUGUAGAUGGCAGAGUUACUGCAAGGAAGCUGCUGUACUGCUUGGAAGCCUGUGAAGGACAAGUCCUGAGUCCUGAGGGUUGCCAGGCAGCUUGGCAGAGCAGUUUCUUGCCCUUUGGUCUUGAGCAUGCCCAGUACACCAUUUAGUACAGGCUUUGCAGAAACUCCUCUGGUCCUCUGCAAACACCAGAGCCUGUGGUGGCUACUUGAAGUGUGAAGCCCAAGAAAGCAAGGUUUUGUUUUUGUAUUUAAUAUUGUCUGCACUGGAGUGGGGGUGGGGGUGGGGGUGACUCUUGCUUUUUUUUUCUUCUCCCCACCUUUCCUUCUUCUCUGGUGGGUAUUCUGUUUCACUUUGAUCCUUGGAGCUUUGUAGACAGAGCUCCCUGACCCAGCUCAAAAGGCACUAUGUGCCACAGAAGGUCAUUUCUAGUGUGCAUUUACAGCAGAGCCACCAGGAGUGCAAGUUCAGGGCCUGGUUCUCACUGUAGGGAACCAGCAGCUUGUGUUUCUGGGUACUCCUUAUAUCCAUGUCUAUAAGUUUGCUCAUGUUAAUCUCACCACUAUCAGAGCAUCUAAACCAUUGUGACUAAACAUGAGUGUGUUGGCAUCCUCAGUGAUGGACAGGUGGCCAGCUCUGGUUUGGCCAGCACCCUUGAGAGCAACGUGGGCAGGAAGCAGGCUAGGCUGGAGACAGCCCUAAAAAGCAUGUGAAACGAAUCUACUUUCUGCAACCCGAAGUGAGGAGCUGUGAGGAACACUUCUUUUUAGCAGUGUAUACCAAUGGCAGGGUGAGGGGUGAGGAUGUUAAGAAACAGCUUGAGGUAAUAAGGCCAUCUGUGAAGAUAGGAAUGAGACACCUAAGGAGGGGUGAACAGCUUAGGAGAAAUUCUUUGAUCCCAGUGAGACAGCUAAGUCAUGAAAACAGGUAGUCAGGGAUGGGCUGGCCAUCAUCAGAGGCUGCUGAGGCUGGCUAGGUCUGGGAGCAAUGACUCUUCAGGUCUAGUUGGGGUACAGAAGGUAGGAAAGGAUCUGCCUGGAGUUAGGCAGAGGCUGAGGGGUUUGACCCAUCCCCAUCCCACAUCUACCUUUCUACCUCUAAUUGUCCUUGCAGUCAGCAGCUACCAUCCAUUGAUCCAAGAACAGCCUGGAUUGAUGGUGAAGUUUAAGCCUGGCUCCUGGAGCUGCUCAUCACUGCACUGUCAGACACAGGUUGCAGCUCUUACUAUGUGAAUGAAGUUUGUUUUUCAAACAGACAUCAUCACAUUCUUAUCAGUUGUACUUUUGGGGAGCUUCCUGUCUCCUUCCCCUAUUGCCAGGAAUGUCUUUGAAGUUUGAGUCUGCCCAUCCAGAGUGGGAUGAAUGAGUGCUGAGUAAGUUCAGGCACUGUAAGGCGCUUGUGGGGUCUUAGGGAGGAAGAAAAACCUAGAACUAGUGAAUGACUACAUAACAGUCUUCCCUGUUCUUGUUUAUCACUGGCCACCUUUUUUUUUUUUUUAGUGUGCACCAGAGCUGUACACUCGAGUGGUUCCUAACUUAUGACCUCCCUUCAGAUUUUUUCUCAAUAGUGCAACUACUGAGGUCAGGUCUCUGAUGAGUAAGAAGCUAGCUUUGCAUCCUGAGAGAGGCAGGAACUCCAAGGCUAAGCCACUGAAGCAAGGACUGACUUCCCUAGAUCUGCAAAUGGACUGUGCUACUGCUGUGUCUCAAAACUACCAAGUUUGUGCAAUAAGUGGAAGGGAUGCCAUUCCUGAUCAAUAAAUGUUGAAUGACAUUCAAGUUCAUUUUCUAGACCACUGAGAAAAAUCUUUAUUUACAAUAAAUUUCAAUAAAAUUUGCAUAAAUAUA